AACUCCGGGGCAGGGCCGGGCGCCUGUUGUGUCGCCUCUCUGGGCUUAUUGCUGAGACUGCGCUCCCAGCGGCCGACAUGAAAGUGGCUCAUAAAGGGCAGCGUCAUUGGGGUGAUGAAGCAGCCGUUGCUUGGAGAUCCAGGGAUAAAAGGCACGGGUGAGGACGCCCUGCGUCCCCUGGCUUCCUGGGCAGGGCCUGCAAGGUCCGAUGAAAGCUGGGGGAACCGGGCGCCCAGUGUCUUCUCGCUUUUCGAGGGAGGACGCUGUGGACACACGCCGUCACCAGGCGGAGAGCCGCGGGGCUCAUUACCUCCAGAUCCUCCGUCCCCAGCCCCGCCCAGGCUGCCCCCGCCAUUCGGCUCCCUGUAGGAUUGCAAGUUGCAAUGGCAACCAGGAUCUCGGGGUAAUGAGGAAAGCAAAAGCCCCGAGAGGCAACACAGCCCUCCCCGCGGGUAAAGUGGCGCCCCCCACGCCUCGGAGAGGUCUCUGGGCCCCCGCCUCAGCUAGACCACCGUGGACCUCCAGAGACGCGAGGCCGCUCUGCCCCCAGACGGAGACUCUCGUUGGUAGACGAGCCCCGGGGUGCCUCUCUGGGCGCGCCACUGCGCCACCGCUCGAUGCUCCGGGCGGAAGUGUUCUUCCCAGCCGGCCACCCGCCCGGCUCUCUGGUCCCGGCGGUAAGAUGGCGGCGGCCGCGGAGUGCGAUGUGGUAAUGGCGACGACCGAGCCAGAGCUGCUGGACGAAGAAGCUAAGAGGGAAGCCGAGUCCUUCAAAGAGCAAGGAAAUGCAUACUAUGCCAAGAAAGAUUACAACGAGGCCUACAACUACUACACAAAGGCCAUUGACAUGUGUCCCAAGAACGCCAGCUACUACGGGAACCGCGCUGCCACACUGAUGAUGCUGGGCAGGUUCCGCGAGGCCCUGGGGGAUGCGCAGCAGUCAGUGCGACUGGACGAUGGCUUCGUGCGGGGACAUCUACGAGAAGGCAAGUGCCACCUCUCCCUGGGGAACGCGAUGGCAGCAUGUCGCAGUUUCCAGAGAGCCUUGGAACUGGAUCAUAAAAACUCCCAGGCACAGCAGGAGUUCAAGAACGCCAGCGCAGUCAUGGAGUACGAGAAGAUUGCAGAUUCGGAUUUUGAGAAGCGAGACUUCCGGAAGGUGGUGUUCUGCAUGGACCGUGCCCUGGAGUUUGCCCCUGCCUGCCAUCGAUUCAAGAUCCUCAAAGCCGAGUGCCUGGCCAUGCUGGGCCGCUACCCCGAGGCGCAAUCUGUGGCCAGUGAUAUCCUGCGACUGGACUCCACCAACGCAGAUGCGCUGUACGUGCGGGGCCUUUGCCUCUACUACGAGGACUGCAUUGAGAAGGCCGUGCAGUUCUUCUUGCAGGCCCUGAGGAUGGCCCCAGACCAUGAGAAGGCCUGCGCCGCCUGCAGGAACGCCAAGGCCCUCAAGGCCAAGAAGGAGGAUGGCAACAAAGCCUUCAAGGACGGUGACUUCCGGCUGGCCCAUGCGCUCUACACAGAGGCCCUGGCCAUCGAUCCCAGCAACAUCAAGACGAACGCUAAGCUCUACUGCAACCGGGGCACCGUCAACGCCAAGCUCAGGGAGCUGGACGAGGCGAUCGCAGACUGCACACGGGCCGUGACCCUGGACCACAGCUACGUCAAGGCCUACCUGAGGAGGGCGCAGUGCUACAUGGACACAGAGCAGUAUGAGGAGGCAGUGCGGGACUACGAGAAGGUCUACCAGACAGAGAAGACCAAGGAGCACAAGCAGCUGCUGAAGAAUGCGCAGCUGGAGCUGAAGAAGAGCAAGCGGAAAGACUAUUACAAGAUCCUGGGCGUGGACAAGAACGCCUCGGAGGAUGAGAUCAAGCGCGCCUACCGGAAGCGGGCACUCAUGCAUCACCCAGAUCGGCACAGUGGAGCCAGCGCCGAGGUACAGAAGGAAGAGGAGAAGAAGUUCAAGGAAGUGGGUGAGGCUUUCACCAUCCUGUCUGACCCCAAGAAGAAGAUGCGCUACGACAGUGGCCAGGACCUGGAUGAGGAAGGCAUGAAUACCGGUGACUUCGACGCCAACAACAUCUUUAAGGCCUUCUUCGGGGGUCCCGGGGGCUUCAGCUUCGAAGCAUCCGGGCCGGGGAACUUCUUCUUCCAGUUCGGCUAGUGAAGGCCUCGCUGCGGUCCCUGCACACGCAGACUCGCCCGGCUCAGCCCCCAUGUGGCCACGGCCUCCCUGCCCUGCCUCUGCGCCCACAGACACCCCUCUGUGGGCCAUGCAAGCACUGUCACCAUUGCAGUGGUGUAAGCGGGGCAGAAGGGAGCCAAGCUGCAGGCGGGGAGGCAGCUUGUGAAUCUUUGUUUUACUGUUUAACUUUAUUAAAAAAGGAAAAACGGAGAAUAAACCCUGUGACUGUG